GGGUUGGCACGGCCUCCUGGGUCUGGCUCGCCUCACGCCGGCGGUCCAGGCUGACUGUAUUAGGAGAAUCCUCCCCUGUUUCUGGAGCAAGAGGCGGGCCUUUUGGAAAGUAGGAAUGCGCUUGAAGUUUUCCUAAGCUCCCCUUCACAUGUUGAGGAGCGUCCGUUCCGCGUCUCAAUAUGGACAUGUGGCCGCUGGUGCUCCUGUUUGUCCAGCUCUGCUUCUGCUCCGGUUAUGAAGGGUCAGGACAUUACUCCUACGGAGAUGACGAGGACUGGUACUCUCGCAGAUAUAAAGGGACACCGUGGUGUGCGCCCAUUAAGGUGAAACAUGGUGACGUGAGUUGUCGCACACCCAGAGGGGAGCACUAUAGGAACGUGAUGGGGACCCGCUGCAAAAUCCGCUGCAAACAGGGAUACGAGGCCCAGAGCUCAGAGGUGGUGUGCAUGGCCAGCAAACACUGGUCCUCUAAUUAUGCCUGCCGAGAGAUCCGCUGUCCCAAGCUGGACAUGCCUGCUAAUGGUGGCUACAAGUGUUCAGAUGGCUCCUACUUCAACUCUCGCUGUGAGUUUUUCUGUUCCCCUGGAUUCAAUCUAAAGGGCCAGAAGACGGCAACAUGCCAGCACAACAAGGUGUGGAGUGCUGGAAUCCCCACCUGCGUUGAUGUUGAUCCUCCAAAAAUCAAGUGUCCUAAUGUGAAGGAUAAGUGGGCAGAGCCAGGAAAACUGACGGCAAGAGUGACCUGGGACACACCAGAGGGUGUAGACACUGCAGAUGGCAUCCUUACAGAUGUUAUCCUGAAAGGAAAACCUUCAAAAUCAGACUUCCCAGAGGGGCUCCAUAAGAUGUCCUACACUGUGUUUGACCGUGCAGGGAACAAAGGAUCCUGCCGCUUCACUGUCAGAGUGCGAGUGCGCCGCUGCAGCCCAUUGUUUCCCCCUGACAACGGUUAUAUGAAGUGUGACAGUGACAGUGACAACUACGGAGCCUCUUGCGAGUUCAAAUGCACCGGCGGCUACGAGCUGCAGGGCAGUGCUGCCAGAGUGUGUCAAUAUGGACUUACCUGGUCUGGCACCGACACAACCUGUGCACCAAUGAACAUUAAUGUGGGAGUGCGUACGGCUGCAGCACUGCUGGACCAGUUCUAUGAGAAACGACGACUCCUCAUUAUCUCGGCCCCUACGGCUGCCAAUCACAAUUACCGCUUCCAGAUGACUAACUUACAGCCUGCACAAUGUGGACUGGAUCUGAGGCAUGUGACUGUAAUUGAGCUGGUUGGGACUUACCCAGCACAAAUUGGACGAAUUCGACACACGCUGCUUCCGCCAGGCCUGGCCUUGCAGAUCAGAUUGCUGCUCCAGAUUCCUCAAAGGUCUUUCCAAAUGGUACUGGUAGACAAGCAGGGCAUGGACAAGCAACGCUACCCUUUUCCAAUCACUGCGGCUGAAUUAUUCACCACCAUUGACACGUUCCCCCUCCGCAAGGAUGAGAUGGUGCUUCAGCAGGAGGCAGACCAGACCUGUCAGUCAUAAAACCCUGGACUCUGAGCAAAUCUAUGAUCCUUUUCCUUCUCAGUCACAGGAGACAGGACCUGCUCACAUCUUCUCUCUCUAUCCAUAUGUCGAGCACUCCUACCUGAACUCAUUUAGUCCCAUAUCCCGAAGGUGUGAGUGUGUCCACGUGUGUUUGCCAUCAAAGAUCAAGAUGUCAGUCAUGGUGCUGCUCUGAAGCAAGAUUUAUUAAAAGACAAUACUAAAUGGAAUGGGUCUUACAGCGCAUUACAAUCAUAUUGAUUUCUGUGUCUUGUCUGUCUGUAUGUUGUAUUAUUAUUAUUAUUGAUAUUUUCAAAUCAGAAAUUUGUUUUAUUAUUUUGUACAAAAGGUCUUUCUACUGUAAGAACUGGAAAACUCUUUUCCUAUUCAAUAUUUAUGUCUCAGUUCCCUAAUAAUAAUGUAUUCUGACACUCUCUGGAAUACUGUGUGUGUUUAUGUACCGGACAGUGACUCUACUCUGUUAGUACAUUAUACAUCUGUGUCUGGAUUUACAAGAUUUUGAUUAAAUAUGUCUGUCAUUGAGGAUGUGA